AAGACGAUUCCGUGGUUUUUGACCGAAGCCGCCAGGGGUUCACAUGUCCUCAUGAAGUUCAGAGCUAGUGCCUGACCGUGGACAGCUGGAUCAUGGGGUUUCAGCUGCGCUGUGAGCAUUGAAAACCCUUUGCGCUCGUGAGGAGCUGGGAUAGUUGUUGCAAUUGGAGAGGUCACCGGGACUCACUCCCACUGCACAUGCGGUUGCUAGGUUUUUGCACUUGACACGUGUGUCAGGAGACAGGAUUCACCUGGCUGCCGCAGGUUUGCCGUUGCUGAGCGAUUUCCGCCAAGUUGCUCCCCAGAUUUCCCGUAAAGCGGUUGUCAUGGCAGUGAAUUCGGGGUGGACUGCAGGUUGGGAGCCGGAGCUCCAUGUUAAGGCUUGCCCCAAGCCUUAGCGGAGGCCGAAGUGCUCCUUGCGCGGCUUCUUUUGGUUGAAACGGGGCCAUGCUGUUUGUUCCCCUCAGGCUUUCCGCGGGGUGUUUGAGCGACUGAGAUGCGCACCUAGGUCGCUACAUGUUUGAGGUUCGGGUGUGCGAGUGCCCCAGACAAGAAGAUUCUGUUCAACCGCAGGUGAAGCCUCCGAUGCCUCGGAAUCUGCUUCGCAUCGGUUUCGGCACCUCCAAUGCCGUCCCGGCCUUUGAUCAGAAUCAGCUGGGUUCGCGGGUUAAGGGGCGGGUCAUGGAAGUGGCAGGCACAUUGCCACUUGGUUCGUCGUGACUGGACGGAGCCGGCCGGAGCGGGAGUCCUGUAGGAAAUGGAAUUCGAAAUUGGUUGGAGGCGGGCGCUUGAAGGCUUCUGAUCCCUGCGAACGCUUGGAGGCACCCAUGGUGGACGCGACCAGAGAAAGUUCAACGGCCGAGGAUGGCAUGAGCCAACAUCAAUUCAACGGCAAGCGGCAGUUGGAGGUUCAAGAGCACGCCUUGACUAAGGAUGAGCGGCCGGCCGGCGACAUGCCAAGGGAAACGGGGUCAAACGGGGCAACAGCAUGAGCUGGCAAGGUGCUGUGAAUCUGAAAAUGCAGAGUCAGCUAAGGCUUUGCUGUUAGGCGAUGCGGAGGACAGCAUCUCCUUCGACUCUGAGGGGAACUUCGUGUACAACCGAAGGCAUGUUUCACCCGUACGGGUCAGGCGGACGCAGUGCACGCAGCGCCUGGUCAGCGGCGUCGCCAUCGCUGUGCUGAUCAACUUGGCGGACGACGGUCCAGAUGCCAAGACCAUGUCCCUCUUUCGGGACGGCGAGAGGAUCUCCAGGCCGCAGCCGAUUCCUGAGACCCUCCACGGGAAGCCGCUCUUUCCGAUGAUUACCUUCAAGAAUCUGACUGUGCAAGUGAACUUUGGGCCUUUGCCUCUGGCGGAGCUGCCCUUCAAAUGCCGCACCAUCAACGAUGCGUCGGAAGCGGACGUGGUGAGGAUCAAAUACCCUGUCCCAGCCGAUGGGCGGCCAGAGGCGCUCUUUCCCGUCUUUUUGCCCGGUGAGGGGACCUUCCACUGGCUGGAUUGGUUCCUCACAGAGCACCCAGAGUUCACCGAGAUCAGCGACCGGAAAAUCGUGGAUUGGUGCAUGAAGAGCGGCAUCAAGCGUGCCUGGCGCGAUGCCACGAGGCACUCCAACGACAAGCCGGAGAUGAACUUCGGGAUCUACGCGCUGGAUGACGGCUCGGCAAAGCGGACACUUCUGGCCGCUGCCGGCAUCCAGAACCGCAACAUUGUGGUCAUGGAGGUGCAGGGCAACCUCUCCACGGCGGAGCGGAAGCAGGCGCUGCACGUGCUGGCCACCCCGAAGCUGAAGCGCACCGCUAAGGUGCUCGUGGGCGAACCGUCGUCAGACUACAGGCUGGUGAUGGAUGUGAUGCUCAAGGAGAAGCAGGUACGUCUGGAUAAGGCCUUCUACGGCAACCGCUAUGACCCGGCCUACGUGGCCCAGUGCCAAGCGGAGGCGAAGCGCCGAAAGAUCAUGAAGGACACGGAGGCCAAGGAGGCCAAGGCGCGCGCGGAGGCGGAGGCCAAAGACCGCGCGGCCGCGGAGGCCACGGAGGCGGCCAAGGCGGCCGCCGAGGCGGCCAAGGCGGCGGAGGAUGGGAGCAAGAUGGAUGUGGAUGGAAACCACACGGAGGCGCAGAAGACGGACGAGAAGACGGAGGCGACGAAAGACGAGAAGAAGGAUGAGCAGCCUGCACGGGUGCCAAACACCUUCACGGAGUUUGAUGAGUCCUCCAUGGGGGAUCCGCCCAUUGCCGAGCUCACGGAGCAAGAGCUAGGGAUCUGGUUUCGGAGGGACAGCGUCCCGGACGUCUCCCCCUUUGUGCUGGGCAACUGCUUGGCCAGCCUCACCACCCCCGAGAAAACCGAGGGCUUCGAGGAGGUGUCCUUCAGCUGGCGACCGGAGGAAGAAGCCAAAGACUACGUGAAGAAGUGGGUGAAGGAGAAGAAGAUCGACACUCGCCUCGAGGACUUAGAGCCUUCGAACUGGUUCCGGGAGAGGUGGCAAGUCUGGCAAACAGAGCUGCAGACAUGGCAGCGAAAACAGGUUGAGUACAGGGAGAAGCAGCAGAUGAUGGCCAUGCAGCAACAGCAGCAGCAGAUGGCGCAGCAGAAUCAGAUGGCCAACGGGAACGAGACGGCGAGCCAGACGAACCAGAACCAGAAGUCCAGUACCGCAGGCGAGAACGGCGCCGCGGAAAGCCAGGGUGCCGAGGACAAGCCGAAGGAGGGGUCCGAAGGAGAAGCCAAGACAGAGCCGAAUGAGGCGAAGGAGCCGAAUGAGGCGAAGGAGGCGAAGGAGGUGAAGGAGGUGAAGGAGGUGAAGGAGGUGAAGGAAGCAGAGCCGAAGGAGGAGAAGCCAAAGGAAAAGGAGGCACCAAAGGAAGAGGAGGAGGAUCCGGAGAUGAAGCAAGCCAUUGAAGACUGUGCCGACGUCUUACAGCAGCUCAGAGAAGAGAUCGAGCUGCAGGAUACCGACGUCUUUGCCGUCGAGGAUAUUUGCGACAUCGGCGAAGGCCAGCCACUCUUCGCGAACUUUGCCUAUGAGGACUGGGCCAUGCUGAGCCUGCGAGUGGAGAUGAACAUGCUUCUCCAUUCCUUCAAUCACGACUGCGGGGAUCCAGAUCGAAAUGGCAUCCACCCCGAGUUCAUCCCAUUCUACUUUGGCCGAUACUUCAGACGGAACUUCAGCCCAAAGUUCUACGGGGUCAACACCAUGGAAGAGCUCGUCUCUCUGAUUGACGACAGCCUGGUGAUUUCCUCGCGGGUCGUGUUGAGCCAGGUCUCCGAAGAGCUGGAGACCAACGAGGUCUUUGUGGCCUUGACGGAGGACGCCCGGCGCAUCAGGCAGCGCAAGCUGAACGCUGGGGACGUCUCGGCGAACCUGCAGAUCAACAUCCCGCAGGAUGGCCAGUAUGGCUGCCAGAUGCAGUACAACCAGGGUUACGGCCAGUGCGGCUACGGCAACAUGGGCGGCUGCUGCAACAUGGGCUGUGGCUGCGGAUACAACAACAUGGGCUGCUGUGGCGGCGGCUGCGGUUGCGGCUGCGAGGGCUGGGGCAACAACAUGUGUGGCAACUACGCGGCUGGCAGCAUGGGCGGCGGCGGCUGCAUGGGCGGCAUGUGUGGCUGCGAGAACAUGGGGUGCCAGGGCUGCCAGGGCUGCCAAGGCUGCGAUGGCAAGAUGGAUCAGUCGCAGCAGAACGCUCAGAUGAUGCAGCAGCAGCAGAUGAUGCAGCAACAGCAACAGCAGUAUACGCCGUACGAGCAGCAACAGAUGCAGCAACAGCAGUACCAGCAGCAACAAAUGCAGCAACAGCAGUACCAGCAGCAACAAAUGCAGCAGCAGCAGUACCAGCAGCAGCAGCUGCAACAACAGCAGCAGAUGCAGCAGCAACAGCAGUACCAGCAGCAGUUGCAACAACAACAGCAGUACCAGCAGCAGAUGCAGCAGCAGCAGCUGUACCAGCAACAGUUGCAGCAACAACAGUUGCAACAGCAACAGCUGCAACAGCAGCAGCUGUACCAGCAGCAACUGCAGCAGCAGCAGAUGCAGCAACAGCAGCAGAUGCAGUAUCAGCAACAGCUGCAGCAGCAGCAGAUGUAUCAACAGCAGAUGGCAGGCGGCGCUCAAGCGCAAGCCUACUGAGAGACUUCGCGGUGGUGGACGGCUCGUGUCGGCUGUGGG